AUGGCGAGGUACGGUCAGAGACCGGAAAAUGCUCUUAAGAGAGCCAAUGAGUUUAUGGACUUGGAGAAGCCUGCACGGGCGCUCGAUACCUUGCAGGAAGUGUUUCGAAACAAAAAAUGGGCUUACAACUGGUCCGAAUCUGUCUUAGAACCUAUCAUGUUCAAAUAUCUGGAACUAUGCGUCGAUUUACGCAAGUCUCAUAUCGCCAAAGAAGGUCUGUUUCAAUACAGAAACAUGUUUCAAUCAGUAAAUGUUGGUUCAUUAGAACAAGUUAUCAGGGGAUACCUCCGAAUGGCUGAAGAGCGUACGGAAUCUGCUCGUGAACAGUCCACCCAGGCAGUCAUAGAUACUGAUGAUCUUGAUAAUCUUGCAACACCUGAGAGUAUUUUGCUAAGUGCUGUAUCAGGGGAAGAUGCCCAGGACCGCUCUGAUAGAACAAUAUUAACACCAUGGGUCAAAUUUCUUUGGGAGUCCUACUGCCAAUGUCUUGAGCUCCUGCGUACCAAUGCUCAUGUAGAGACCCUGUACCAUGACAUAGCUCGCAUGGCAUUCCAGUUCUGCUUGAAGUAUUCAAGGAAGACUGAGUUUAGAAAACUAUGUGAUAAACUCAGAAAACAUCUCGAUGAUAUUUGCAAAUCCUCUCAGCCAGGCAAUGUUAGUAUCAGCAAGCCUGAAACACAGCAGCUAAACUUGGAAACCAGAUUGUUCCAGCUGGACAGUGCCAUUCAGAUGGAGUUGUGGCAAGAAGCCUACAAAGCAAUAGAAGACAUCCAUAAUCUCAUGAACAUGUCCAAGAAGACUCCAGUCGCCAAGACCAUGGCUAAUUAUUAUGGCAAGCUGGCUCUCGUCUUUUGGAAGGCAGGGCAUUGCUUGUUCCAUGCAGCUGCUCUGUUAAAGCUUUUCCAACUGUCUAGAGAGAUGAAGAAAAAUAUCACUCAGGAAGAAUUGCAAAAGAUGGCAUGUCGAGUAUUGGUAGCUGUGCUAUCAGUCCCCUUACCAUCUCUCCAUCCCGAGUUUGAUCGUUUUGUUGAGACUGACAAGAGUCCCGUUGAGAAGGCACAGAGAUUGGCGGUUUUGCUUGGACUCGCUCAACCUCCGACCAGAGCUAGCUUAUUGAAAGAUGUGGUUCGUAUGAACGUGGUGUCGCUGGCGUCGCCACAGCUACAGCAGCUGUACUCGUGGCUCGAGGUGGAGUUCGACCCGCUGUCCAUCUGUCAGAACGUACAGAGCGUCGUCAAAACACUGCAAGAGGAUCCCAAUUCCCCGCUGGCACAAUACUCGGUGGCUAUAACGGAUGUGGCGCUGGUACGUCUCAUUCGUCAAGUAGCUCAGUGCUACGCCUGCAUUCAAUUCUCUAGACUUUUGGAGCUGGCUGCCACCGACGACUUGUUCCAUAUCGAACGUCUGCUUGUCGACUGUGUUCGCCACAAUGAUAUGCAGAUUCGGGUGGAUCAUGCUAACAAAUGUGUCCACUUCGGCGUUGAAGCUGGUGGCGGCGAGUGGUGUUCUACAGCUGACGAGGCGUGUGGUGGGGCCAUACUCCAAGCCACGCCCGCUGAACAGGUUCGCGAACAGCUAGUCCGUGCUGCAGAAGUAGUUUCUCGUGCUGCUCAAACAUUGUUCCCAGCUCGUCGUCGUGCUGAUCGUGAACGUGCUAGGGCAGCCAUGGUACAGCAUUAUCACGAGAACAAGCACGCUGAACAUCAUCGCGUUCUACAAAGACAUAAGAUCAUAGAGGAGAGGAAGGAAUACAUUGAGAGACUCAACACUGUCAGGGAGGAAGAGGAAUUGCGCCGUCAAGAGGAACAGUUGCGUGCAGCAGCGGCAGCGGAGGCUCGCCGGCAAGAACAGGAAAGAGAAGAAAGAGAGAAGAGAAGACACGCCUCUGAAUUAGCAGCAAUGAAGGAGAGGAAUCUGAGGGAGAGAAUCGCUCACAUCUCACAGACCAUGCACGGAAAGAAAGUGCUGCAAAAGUUGGAUGAGGAGGAUUUGAAGAAAAUGGACGCCGAAGCCAUUGCUCAACGCGAGGCCGAAGAACUGAUGAAGGAACGUCGGGAGCUUGCAGCUCGUCUUAAGUCUCAAGAGAAGAAGGUUGAUUACUUCGAGCGGGCUAAGCGUCUCGAGGAGAUUCCACUCCUACAGAAGAGUUUGGAAGAGAAGCAAGUACAGGAUAAAGCAUUCUGGGAACAGCAGGAGAAGGAACGCAUCGCUCAACUCAUUGAGGCGCGUGGCCGUGAUGUAGCAACAGCAACACGUCUGUCCCGUAUGUCGGUACAUCGCGAGCAGUUCACCGCUCGUUUGAACAGCGAGCGUGGAGCUCUGUACCACAGCCGGCUGGCAGAGUUCACCGAAACUAUUACUAGGGAGAGGGAGGCUCGACUCGCUCAUAGGAGACAGCAGAGGAUCGAGAAGAGACGGACAGAGUGGUUGACCGAGAAGCGUCGCAUGGAGGAGCGUGCUGCGGAGGAGGCUCGCAAGGCACAAGAGGAACAAGAGAGGAGGGAGAAGGAAAGGAAACAGGCGGAGGAAUUAGCCGCCCUCAAGGAGAAAAAGGAGAAGUCACUCAAGGAGCACCAAGAAAUGUUGGCUAGGGCUGAAGCAAAGGCUCGCGCUAUGGAAGCUGAAGUGACUCGCAAGCUGGAGGAACAAAAAGCGGCUGCAUUGUCAAGCUGGAGGAGACCUGGACCACCGGCCAAGGAACCAGAGAAGAAAGAGCCCUGGCGGCCCAGUCGUCUUCGCGAGCCUGUUGGUGAUGAUCGACCACGCUCUCCAGGACGUAGAGACGAAGAGAGACGCGAGGAUAGACCACGCGAUGUUAGCUUCAAAGAUGACAGGCCAAGAGAAGAACGUAGCUACAGGGACGAUAAGAACAGGGAUGAUCGGCCGAGAGAUGACUCUGGAUGGCGUUCAGCCAACCGGGAUACUGACCGGGAUAGGGAUAGAGAAAGAUCUCGCUACACUGGUCGUUCAAGCGGCCCCGAGACUGGCAGCUGGCGUCGUGGCCCUUCAGACCCAGCGCCCUCCGCUGAGCGUUCGUCAACUUGGCGCACCAAGGAGGCGUCUCGUGAUGAUCGUCGUGAAGAUCGUCGUGAUGACCGCUAUCGUGAUCCGCCGCGUGAUCGUGAUGGAUAUCGUGAUAGACCACCACCACGACGUGAUGAACGUGAUCCACCUCGUAGAGACGAUCGUGAUCGCCGCGAUGAUCGCGAACGUCGCGUGCCCCCGCGCAGAGAGGACAAACUGGCCUCCAAGUCCAUUGUCGCAAAGUUGGUUCAAAUGUUUGAGAAAGUUUUAACGCCGCGGUCAGUUGCCGACAGUCCGUCGCGUCAAAAGGACGUGUGUUACAGAGCUAUCAAAAGAGAACUGAUAUUAUGGUAUGGCUUGGCAAUCCUGGUUUUACUUGAAGAAGGCGUAAAUGGACAUGGAAGGCUGAUAGAACCGCCGUCACGGGCGUCAGCUUGGCGCUAUGGCUUCGACACUCCACACAACUACAACGACCACGAGUUAUAUUGUGGUGGCUUCACAAGACAAUGGAACAAGAAUGGAGGUAAAUGUGGUGUAUGCGGGGAUGCCUGGGACUCGCCUAAACCUCGGGCCCACGAGCUCGGCGGCAGAUUUGGACAAGGCGUGAUAGUGAGAAAAUACGCACCAAAAGAUGUAAUCGUCAUCAAAGUCGAACUCACAGCUAGCCACAACGGCUUCUUUGAAUUCAGAGUAUGCGAUAAACUAAAAGAUACUGAUCAGGAAUGUAUGGACAAACACGUCCUGAACUUAGAAGGAAAGAGUGAGACCAAAUACUAUCCCCGUGAAGGUAACAAGAUUUAUGAAAUGAAAUAUCAGCUUCCGGAGGGUCUAGAGUGUCCUCAUUGCGUGCUGCAGUGGAAGUAUAUCGCUGGUAAUAACUGGGGAACGUGUGCAAAUGGUACUGGGGCCGUUGGUUGUGGACCGCAAGAAGAGUUUCGGGCGUGCGCCGAUAUAGCCAUAGGUGACCGCUUUACUACUACCACGAGAAGACCGAGACCGACUUAUGUCCCACCGAACAGGACCCCGAAGGUCCCGACUCCAGAACAAUCAGAAUCUUCCGGAAGCGCUUGGUUCGGAGUUGUUAUCGCACUCAUCACGCUGUUCAUCGCGCUUGCGGUAUUGGCCGGAAUAUACCUGUACUAUUACAGAGGUGGCAUGAGGAUCAAGAACCUUUUGAAAUCCAAAGGGGCCCCUCCAGCGCCCGUUCCACCGCCGAGACAUAAAAGAUCCUCUCUAUCUAGAGAAAACCCACCAGAAAUCUCAUCUCCAAAAGGAAUCUCCGAGUCCGGAUUCGAAACAGUAGACUUAAGGUCAAAAUAA